AUGAGGAAGAAGCCCGCGGCGACCUGGACCCAUGGUAGAACAUUCAAAUUCAUUUUUGUCACAGUCUUUGAUGAUGUACCACUGAAACCCUGUCCUCCUACUGUGGCCAUAUUCUGUGAAUAUCUACUAGGAAUGUACAGGUCCGAGUACAACUAUAUCGUUCAAAGGAGACUUCAGAGUGUAGUUCGAAAGGCACACGAAUGUCUCGAAUUCAAGGCUGAUUAUCUGGCAACCUCCCCGAAAAUUCUCAACAUCAACCUGAGGUAUAAAAGUCCUUUCCCAAAGGGUUUUGUGGAUCGCAGCGAUGAGGGAGCAAUUAAAUUUAUCAUCAUAAUCUUCCGUGUUGUAAACUUAAACAAGCCUGUUUGUAUGUUCCUGCCUGCUUUUCCAUUCAAAAGCCCCAACACCGAAGUCAAAGUGCUGAGAGGCUUGCCAGACAAAGCAGAGGAUCUAGCAUUAGCACAUCUGAACGGAAUGUGUGCUGCAGCCCAAGAGAUAUAUGAUCCUGGUGCCAGACUGGUCAUCGUCUCGGAUGGAUUGGUCUACAAUGAUUUGCUCGAAGUACCAGAUCAUGUCGUCUGGGAGUAUGGACAAGAGCUCCGCGCGCUUACGAAAGCCCGCAAGUACGACCAAAUCGAGUUUGCCCGAUUGAAGGUCAUGUUCGCCGUGGAGAAUUUACAAGAGGAAUACGACGAUAUGACAUAUGCUGCCGUGGCCUCAGUCAUACACCUAGAACUAGUGAAGCGAUACGGAACCCUUGGGUGGGAUGAGACAAUGUAUCCGGUCGGGGAGAGCCGAACAAAAAGCAGGUUCAAGAAAGGUCUUGAGAAAAUCGCAAAGUGCAUGCUCGGCCGCGGCGACGCAUUUGCCCGAGCAUUGCGCGAAAAUUUUCCAGAUCAGACAAGAUAUCCAUUAAACAUCCUGUCGGUGCCAAAUACAGUCACACCAUGGCACAGUAGCGUCAUCUACAAGCUGGACGGAACCGUCCGGGCUGGACAUUGUAGUAUGUUCGAGCAGAUUGGAAAUAUGGAGUUGGAGUGGAGCACAUCCGCUGUAACUUUUUUUCCGCUGUAUCCGUGCGGCCUAAUGAUCCGACCGACAAAUGGAACAAAGACACUCGCAAUUGGCGACAUCAAUGCGUCGAAAGUGCGGGAGCUUGCAGAACACAACUCGUCUGUAAUACUGCGCGACUUUGCGCAAACCAAAAAUUGCGACCGAUUCAUUGCUAAAGCACACGACAUGGGAGUCCCAACUCCAUGGAAGUUUGGCCUCGUACUGAAAGUUAAAGCAAGGAAACCAGGGCCAGGAAUACUGGAUACACGCUGUUUUCCACAUCUUCCCAGGAACCGACCGCUGGAACAUCUGAAGCAGUUGACAUGGUGGGUUAGCACACCAUCGUUUGGGAAUUCCAGCAUUCAUGGUUUGCCUUUGGUAGUCGACCACCCUUCAACAGGGCAGCCUUGCCUCAGGUAUCACGAACGAUGGCCGCAGGAAAAGACGUGGUUCGACCCUACGGAUGUUGUGAUCCGGAACGAAGACAACAGCACUUGCGAGGUGCUCGAGUCGCUGCUGCAUGACCGACGAAUUUGUUAUUGGCAUUCUUCGUUCCAGGCCGGUGUUGAUCGAGAGUUGUGGCGCAUCCUUUUCGAUCCAGCAUUGUUUGAGUUUAAGUGCAAGUAUAUGGUAUAGUUUUCGAGGCUACUCCCAACGGCCUGCUUUCCAAUGUGUCGCGUCCUUGUCAUUCCCGUGUGAUAGUGCC